GUCACCCUCGAAACAGCGCGGUGUGUUCGUAAACCAAUCCGGAAUUGCUUAAAAAUUUGUACAAGUUUCUUGUUCUUCCAGAAAUUGGGCCGCAGACGCCGGAACCAGUUGCCGAUGAUACUACAAAAUCGCAGGUGUAGAUUAAAAACUAUGAUUGCAUGGUGAUCGAAGUCCAUUUGUCGACAAACGUUUCACGUUAUUUGCCGUUGGUUGCCGAUUCGAUGCGCACGUCAGUGACGAAAUUGAGGAGGAAACGCUGAGUCAGUUGCCUAUUAUUUGCCAAAGAGUGACAAUCUCGGAAUCAGCGAGGCGCAAUCGGCAAAGAGAAAUAAAGAUUAUACCAAGGUAUCAAUAAAAUGGCAUCAAAAGACGUUAAGGACGACACCACCACCGCUGCCGCUAAGACCGAAAGAUUGUUUACUCGGGCAGAAGUGGCGAAGCAUGCUGGUUCCAAAGAAACGUGGAUCAUCAUACAUAAUAACGUCUAUGAUGUUACUACUUUUCUCAACGAGCAUCCUGGUGGCGAAGAGGUGCUUUUAGAACAAAAUGGACAGGAUGCUACGGAACCUUUUGAAGAUAUUGGACACUCGAGUGAUGCAAGGACUUUGAUGGAAUCCUACAAAAUUGGAGAACUGAUAGAAGAAGAAAGGACAAAAGAUUCGGAAAAGAGAGCUAGAGAUUGGUCCAAUGGAAAUGCAGAGGAAGAUAAUGCUAGUUCUUGGUGGUCCUGGUUGAUACCAAUCGCUCUCGGAGUACUCGCAACCAUCGUCUAUCGCAACUUUAUCAGCGCACAUUAAAGCAUUCCGAGUCCUUAUUUUCAUGUUAUUUACUUGUUAAUAUAUAUAUAUAUAUAAAUGUAUACAUAUGUAUCAAGAAUCAAUUGUUAUAUAUUUUUUCCGAAUGUAUGUCGUGCACCAUUGUUUUCCAUGAACCAAAUAAUACUUAUUUGCUGGCCUAGACUCUAAAACUCAUUGGAAAGAAGAAACAGGGAAAAUGGUCAACGAUAUAUUAUAAAAAUAUAAAAACAGCGCAUUUAUAUAUUUAUAUAUGUAAUACGAAUGUACACAUCUUUAUAUACAUGCAUAUAUAUAUGUAUGUUCGUAUACGCGAUAUCGUUUUCCGAAUUAACACAAUAAAUUAAUUUAAUUCCUUAGAAA